GGGAGCCGUGGCAGAGUCAAGUCGCAACUUUCUCCUCCAUGCACACUUACUUUAACCCACGGAAAACAGAGCAUAUUUAAGUUGCACUAAAAUUUAAUAAGUUUCGGUGCUAAAAUACAUUCUAAUAACAGUCUGGUUAACAUUUUUGGAAAUAAGAUUUGUACACAAAAAUAUUUACAACAAUUUUACCGGAUUCGUUCCAUGGUGUUUUUGGUGGUUAAGAGAGAGAGAGAGAGAGAGACCCUCUUCCUCUGGGGACAUCUGAUCUCCAUCACGAUCUCCUCCUUUCUCUCAGUCGAGAUAACUUUGCUACUUACCUUCGCUGCUGUUUUUUCUCGUCUAGUUUAUCCAACUCUUUAAUUUUUUAUCGUUCCGUAUAUAGCAGAGGAAUGUUCGGGAUGAAAAAAACUCGUGGUCGGUGAAAUCAUGAUUUGCUGCGGUUACUUUUUUUCACUAGAUGUUUGAGAACAUCUACGACGACGAGUCGAGAACUGUUUGAUGUUUGUUUUAAUUGUGGUGAAAGUAGGAGAAAUGUCUGAAAAACAAGAUAUCAUCAUCGCCACAUGGUAGGAUUUUUAUAAGAAAAAUACGGCUAAAAAUAAAUACGGAUGGAUUAUGAUGACGUAUGAUUAUUGAAGCCGAACCGAUCUACCCACCCACCAAAAACCAGCCAAAAAUACUUUAAGACUUCCAGACUGAUUCCGAUGGGAUAAGGAACAAAACUCCACUUUAUGCGUCUAAUCUCACCAAAAACGAGUCUUAAAUUCUUCCCGUUAAAAUAAUCCUUUUCUCCCAAGUUCGGCUUGACCUUUCGAAUUUUAAUCGCGCUAUUGACCACACCACGAAAUCGUUUUUCUUCAAUAAUUACUUCCCACUCAAAUUUUCAACUGAAGAGGAGCGUGGGUUUUGAAUGAAGUGGUUUAUGAAUGAAGAAUGCGGAUUGAAGAAAAUGGACUAUUUUCAGUUUUCCUCGGCGUGCUUUCUCCUCUGCGUUUUCCUCCCGUUGCCCGCAGUCCAUGGGAAAUGUCCACAAUUCAUCGCUCUGUCUGGAGUAUCGCAAAGUGGGAAUAUUACGUCACCCGGGUGGCCAAGCCCGUACCCUCCGGAUGCAAUUUGCGCUUAUAAAUUGCAGGGCGAGGCUUGGCAAGGGGUGAAAAUUACGUUCUAUUAUUUUGAUUUGGAGCCUCCCUAUUCGGCGGGGUGCUUAAAUGACUAUUUGGAGCUGAACACGGUGGAUACCAAAGGACAAAGAACGUUCCGAGGGCGAUAUUGUGGAAAACAUGCUCCCGCCCCGAUUUUGGUUUUACAUCCCGUCGUAGAACUAGUUUUUCGGUCAAAUCACGCCGCCCAUCAUAAUGGAUUUGCUGCAUCGUACGAAUUUGUGGAUGAAUCGAACGUGCAAGCUCCCGGAUUGAAUGGGACUUCGCCCUGUGGAAAUGUUAUCCAAGGAAUCGGCGGUCUCAUCAUUUCUCCCGGAUACCCGCGCGGCUAUGCGGCCGGAUUAGAUUGUCUCUGGCUGAUUCGUGCCCAGUACAAUCACGUCGUUUAUUUACGAAUUCAACGCCUCGAAUUUCAAGGCAGUACUGCUAAUUGCGCCAAGGCUCAAUUAAGGAUAUAUGAUGGGUACGAGCAUUCGUUGGAGGACCAUGCCGUACUGAAAAAAUUUUGUGGGGACACGCGAUUCUAUAAGGCAGAAGAUGAUAAAUUCGUAUUAUCCGAGAGGAAUAGACUCCUUGUUCGGUUUACGACGACGGAGCCGUCCAAACCGGUGAAUGAUACAAUGACACGCGUUGGUUUUAAAUUGGUCUGGUCCGACGUGGAAUAUCUAACUCCAGAUAACUGCACAAAAAGCUCAAGGUUUGCAUGCCAAGAGACGCAAGUGUGUUUAACGCCACAUCACAAAGGAGCAUCGAGCUGCCCGGACCUGAAACAUUACUGCAUUUCAUCCUCCCUCGUGUGCGACGGGCUUGCAAAUUGUGGCGAAUUUGACUCUUCGGAUGAACGACAUUGCUCCAAGACACCCCUCGUCCUCACCGUGGUGGCAAUCCCGUUAGGAAUUUUGACCACGUGUCUAUUUUUCUGCUUCCUCUGUUACAAGAGAAGGUCUCGAAAGAGGGAACGACGACCCUCCAACUUGAACGGGAAUAUCAGAAAAAAUAAUAAAAAUGUGACGAUAAGCAGUGCCACGAAUGGAGGCGGUGGUGGAGGUGGCGGAGGAUGUUGUUGCUGUUCGAGGCUAUGUUUUUGCUGUUGUCUUAAACCAAAGCGACCCAAAACGCAAGAGUCUGAACGAGAUCAGGACAAGAAAUGCCGUCCGGGGGGAUUUGGAAUGGGAGAAGAAGCUCCAAUCACACGGGGUCCCAUUUACUUUAAGAAUGAUUUGGAAUCCCCCAACGCUUCCGACAUAGUCUCCCCCGCGUCCGGAUUUUCCGACUCCGAAUCCGACAUUGGUAAUCAAGCCCCCAUCUUCUGUCCUGCCCACGGUCCCGUCCACUUCGUCCCUCUGCGCUACCUUUCUCGGCACUUUCCCCUGCUCCCAGUAGUCCAAGAGGUUACGACGGCUGGUGGCAGUGGCGGUGGUGGUCAAGGCAGCUACCCAAACGACAUUUACGACGAAGGCGGCUCACUCUACUCCACCAGCCAAAAUUCCGACAUGAUCAUUUACGAGGACAACAAAGCCGGAAUGAACCACUUGGGCCUGCCGCAACAACAACCCGGCGACAAUCAUCAAGGGAGCAGCAGCUUUGGUAUGAAUCAUAUCAUGAUGAAUAAACAAGCACAACAAUCCAACCCCAAUUCCGGCAUGAGCCUGGGUUUCGUGCAAGAAUGGAGGAUGAAACAGUUGCGGAGGGUCCAGCGAAGUGACGCCGUUUACAUGAGUGAUGAUAAUAAAAGCUCGAUUGCUUCCAGUCCCGGUGCGACGGGACGGAUUUGUCCCAGGUGUCUGGAAAAAGAGAGAAGUUCUGCGUCCGAACCGCCCUCGUCACACAAUCAGAAAACGGGUAGCAGCACGUUGACUUCGUGUCUGUUGGAGAAACAGUCCUCGCUCGGACCUCAGUUUGACUCUGGGAUCGAUGUCGUAGACUCGAUUAUGACUGAACCCGUGAAAAAUGUGAGUUUUGAGACGUGCACGUCCUCCGACUCGGCGAUAAGUCAGGGUUUUCAUCAUCAUCAUUAUAGACCGAGGCUUUUUGGGGGGUGGAUGAAGGAUAAGAGUGUGUGCUGUCCUCCCCCGAUGGUGGAAGAGGUCACGCAAACUGACCUUCCGCCCCACGGGAUGAUGAGGAACAAUGGUGAUGAGAUGAGAGAGAGGUGUGGACAAGGUGGGGUGUUUUGUGAAACUGUGACCACUUUUGGGGUGCAUACGCCGGAAUUGAGUGGGGGUAGUGGAGGUGGGGGUGGUGGACAUGUUCAAUCGAAAGCGACGGAUGUUUGACGAUGCUUGCCGAUGAUUGAAGAAAUACUUGAAUGAGAGAUAUAAAAGGUGAAAGUAUGGAAUGAUAUUAGUGCCCGCGGAAGUAGUGGGGACAUUAACAUUGUGGGAUGGGGGAGGGAGGGUUUACACAUGGGGAGAUGAUGGGGACAUUGUCCACGUUUUCGUGGCCACUGAAUGUUACACGAUCACCAAUCCACCACUCACUGCCAACUUUUUGGAGAAAGUGGUUUUAUGCCAAAGUUUUAUAGGUGAAUUUUUCACAUUUCUCAAAAACUCGGGUAUUUCGAAACAGUCAAAAACUUAGGUGAAAUUAUUUGUACAUAUAUUUAGAGAUUUUGUUAGAAAAGAAGGUGUUAAAUUUUGUAAUGUUAAUUAACUAAAGAUAAGCUGCGACAUAUCUCGUGUGCAGAUUUUAUGUCAUUGUGAAAAGAGUUUAAUAAAUAAAUGAGAUCCUCAUUAGUGCAUUU